AUGGUUCUCCCCACUCACUCCUCAUUCCCACCUUUAUCUUAUAGUUAUCUUGAAAGCGACACCAGUAUGCCAUUUGAGAAGUUGCGGGAGAAUACUCUUCCCGUAGCUGACACACAGGACAGUCGGGGACAGAAGACUAUUCUUAACCUUAUGUCUAACCUGCAUCUCAGCUCGGAAUAUAGUGAUUUAAAGAUCAUUUGCAAAGACAAGAUCUUCCCGGCUCAUAAACUACUUGAAACCAAAGGGUCGAUUUGUUUGGACGACAAAAGCCCGGUCUUGAUCGAGAAGGUGCUGGAAUUUCUGUACACGGGCAAUUACACCCUCGGAUACCGUACGACUAAAACGCUGACCCCACCGACCGAUGACAAUGAAGGGCCAAGAAUGAAUACAAACCACACAAGAGACCCGUUGAUAUACUUUCCAUCAAGGAGGCGUGCCACAGACGAGUAUGCGGCAGAAAUGGAGGAGCUCGCCAAUGAUGCCGCUGUAGCAGCCGUAGAAAAUUCAGCGGAUGGAUUCGUUGAUGGGUCACCGAUGAACAAGAAAGGUCCAAAUGAGGAAGAGAAUAACGUGGAGCCAGCUGUCGAUAUAUUAGCUGACUGUCAUCCAUGCUACUUUCAUGUACGCAUGUAUGGCGAAGCGGAUUACUUCAUGAUUGACGAUUUGAAAAUCAAAGCGGAGGAAAAAGUCCUCGCGUCUUUGGUGAAUUGCUCCGAAGUAGAUUCCUUUUCGCAAAUAAUCGCGGAGCUCUAUUCAGGACGAGCCGACUAUGGAAGGCUACGGAAGCUGGCGCUCAAAGUGAUAGUCGACAACUUGCCGACCCUCAGAAAAGGAUUCACCCCGGUGAUAAAUGCAAAACUGAUGGAAUCUGUUCCUGAUUUUGCUGUUGAUCUGUGUCUACCGACAAUAGACAAUACACCUGUUUGGAGAGUGCAACUCGGAUAUCCUUCUGGGAAACUUCAUAUUAGCGGGAUACAUUGUCUUCGUUCUAGAUCUAUACUAAGCUCUUUAGUGCAUUCUCGUAGAGAGUCAUGGCAAUGCAAUAUGGAUCUUUUAGAACUCUAG